GCUCUCUCACUCUGUCUCUCUGUCUGUCUCUCUCUCUCUUUCUCUCUCUCCACAUUUUGAAUUUUGAAUUUUGAAUUUUGAAUUAGGAUGGAGUUCAGAUUCAGAGCCACCGACACUAAUCGGCCACCUCGUGUGAUGGACACGCCGCCAUCUCACUCUCUGAAUCCAAACUUUGCCUUCGUCUCGGCGCUACCAGUCCCAGGGACAUGGCCUGCUCUUGAAGGGUACAAUGCUCAACAACGAGAGAUGGAGAAGGCGCAAAUCCGUCAAGAGAUCAUUGCAGCAGAAACUGCGAGAAGAAGAGAGCUUAUAGCUGAGGUUGUCCAUGAGAUGUCCAUCGAGAGAGAAAUGGCUAUAAAAAAUAUCCCAGAGAAGGAGAAUAAGAUACCUAUGUGGAUCACUCAAAGGAUGAUUCCACAUCAGAACCAGGACAAUAACAACUUGGUCAAACUGAAGCGUACUUACAGUGAUCCUGCCAUGUACACAAACCCCCAAAAUCUAGUUACAUCACCUAUGCAGCAAAUGCCUCCACUACAGAUAAUGCUUGAGGCUACAGCAGCUAAAGAAACACCAUUAUUGGAGUCUAGGAAGGACAAGUUUAUUAUAUUGGAUAGGCUUGGUCCUAUAGGAAAGGAUACUCAAACUCGUCAUCGAAGAGCUAAGCGUAAAGCAAAGGAUGUUGAAGGUGGUUUGAAGGAACCUUCUAAAAGGAAAAGGCUGUUUAAGUUUUGGUGCGACCUUUGUGGUGUUGGAGCUCAUAAUGAAACAAUCAUGAGGAGUCAUGAGUCAGGCAAAAAACAUAAAGCUGCUACUGAGACGGCUGCUUCUUCAACCUCCAUCGUUAUAGCUCCACAACCAGAAGCUCUCACAGAAGUGACGAAUGUGCUGCCUCAGGAAGUGGAUAAAAAGGCGGUGAAAAGAAGGGGAAAGAAGAGAGAAGGUGAGAAUAAAGAGGCGGUAAUCCUUGAGUGCGAAACUUGUAACAUUGUGACGUAUUCUGAGGAUGUGAUGGAGAUUCAUAAGCUUGGGAAAAGACACAAGGCUUUACUUCAGAAACUGUAUUCUGAGCAGUUGCUGGAGACUCACAGGCUUCAGAUAAAUGCAUCUACUGUCCAAUCUUUAGAUGCUGAUCCAAGCGAGGAAGAAUCAAUGGUUCAAUUCUUGGGAGAAAGGCUUCAGAUAAAAGCAUCUACUGUCCAAUCUUUAGAUGCUGAUCCAAGUGAGGAAGAAUCAAUGGUUCAAUUAUUGGGAGAAAGGCUUCAGAUAAAAGCAUCUACUGUCCAAUCUUUAGAUGCUGAUCCAAGUGAGGAAGAAUCAAUGGUUCAAUUCUUGGGAGAAAGGCUUCAGAUAAAAGCAUCUACUGUCCCAGUGAAAUCUUUAGAUGCUGAUCCAAGCGAGGAAGAAUCAGUGGUUCAUUUCUUGGGAGAAAGCCUCUAGGUAGCUGAUCUAGCUACCAAUGUCACAGUUCCAGUGACAUAGAGGUUAUUUGGAAUCAGAGAUUUGAAUUUCAUUUAGCUAUGAAGGAGUCUUUUUUUUUUUGUCUUUUUUUUUUAUUGAAUUUGGUAUCUUGAGAUUGAGAAACCUAUGCUAUUAGAGAGACUUGACUAUGUGUGUUAAGUGGGAAUCAUGAUCCCCCAAUAUUAUAUUCCAGUUCCCAACGCAGCUAUGUAACAAAACGCAUCCACAUGUUUAUGAAUGAAUAUUUCUUUCCUAUGAU